UGUGACAGUCUUGGGCUUCGCCCAGUCUGUGUGUUGUGGCCUUGCGGCCUAAAGCAGAAGGGAUGGGUAGACCGUUUGCCCACAGAUGUAAAUAGCAGAUCGCAGUAAGAGAGAUCUUCUCCUUCUCUCUUUAGCAAUUCAACAGCGUUACCAGCUUACCAAAUCCUUCGUGGUUUGGGCCCAUGACAAUUUGAAUUGCUCAUUCCUUUUCUGAAAGACGCUCGCUCAUGCUGCCAACUUCGGAAAUCGGCCGAAACAAGCUAGAACCUAGAAAUAGAAGAACCAGGAUCAGAGAUCAGUAUCGGCAUAAUGGCUGAUGCUAUGGAUCAAGACCAAGGACCGCCCCAGGGUCCACCGGGUCCACCGACAGGGAAUACGAAUACGUUCACGAAUAAAGAGAAAACGGAAAUGGCAGCCAUGAUGGCCACCAUGGCAGAAAAGAUACAACAGCUAGAGUUAGCUCUAGGAAAGGCUACAGAGGCCAAGACACCGCAAACAAAAAAAGUCCAAAGCGAAGCUACCGCUCCUAAGGAAGCCGCUAAGCCAGAGACCCCUACUGAGACCCUAGCUAGGGACAGGAAUCAGAAACUCCCGAAACCAACGAGAUUCGAGGGAGACAAGAAGAAGUACAAAGUUUGGAGAGCAAAGAUGCAAAACAAGAUUCAAGUGGAUGGACAUCUUGUCGCUCAUGAUCACGUAACCGCAAUUGCCUAUAUCUGUGCCUUCCUCGAUGGAGAACCCGCGCUGUUUGCUACGCAAUGGAGGGACAGGAACACGGCUUCCCAGGAUGUAGAGAAAUUUGUGGCUUUCCUAGAUUCGAGAUAUCGAGACGAACAUGAGGCUGAACGUGCUUAUUCUCAAUUCGUUCGCCUAAAUGAGAUGCGACAACUUAUUCUCCCUGCAACCAUCGCGGGUCUUGAUUUCAGCAACUAUGAUAAGUUCGUCGAUAUACUCUAUACGGCCCACUACGCCUCUGAAGCAGCUCACGCUUCAACCUCUCGAUGGGUUCCUAGAAACCACGGAGGUACGUCACGAUCGCAAUACCGACCACCAUCUUCAACGCCUACGGUCCCGACCCCACCGCAAGUCCAAGUCUUAGCGCCCGCACCAUCCCCGGCUAAUCCGGACGCAAUGGAUUGGACAACGCGUGUCACUUAA